CGCAUCUUCGACAUCAACAAUUAACAUCACCAUCCACAGCACAGUCAACUACACAUAAUCAAAAUGGCCCCUCCUUCGCAGCUCGCAAUCGCUACCUCGGCUGUUAACCGCCUUGUCAAGGAAGAGGCAAGCUACCACAAGGAGCUCGAACAUCAGCAAGUUCGCAUCGAAAAGCUCAAGCAGGCUAGCAGUGACGAAGAAAAUGCCGAAUGGAACCUGAAGCAGGAGAACAGAGCCCUUGAGGAGACCAAGGCCAUGUUCCCCCAACUUCGCAAGCGCAUCCAGGAAUCGUUGGCCAAGCUUGAGCAGCAACUCGAACAGGGUGAACAGAACAACCCCGAAGAGAUCACAAAGGCAAAGGAGGCUGUGGCAUCUGCCUUGACUGCUAUCAGAGAGACCUCGUAGGAGGAUCGCUCCUUGAACACUAAUGUAAAUACUCAAAAGCAUAAACGAGAUUCAUGAUGACCA